AUGGGCGUGGCGAAAGCUGACAGCAGCAUUUUGGGUCUCACUGGCCUGCUUCACGAUCUACUACACCAACUUCUUCCGCGUGAUGUGGGAGUCCCCCUUGGUGAAUCGCACCUACUUCUACCUAGCUUUCGCCUGCUUGGCCUUCAACAUGUCCAUGCUGGCGUACCUCGCGCUUUGGUGUACAGUCGUGCUGAAGAUCGAAGAGCCUUGGGAAACAAAGCAUCCAAAAGCCAUUCCUGUGAUGGCCAUCGUUGGCUUUUCCACAGUCUGGCUCUUCUUCUUUGCGUUUUGGCCUGUUUGGGGCCUCCUCACGCUCGUCAUCCAGCUCAUCUUCUUCUUGGGCUUCGUGAGCGCAGGCCAGUUCCUUCCAAGCGGCACGCUUGGAGCUGUCCUCAUGUUCGUGAUCUUCAUCGGCGCCUUCUUCACGUCGGAGCUCAUCCCCCACGACACUUUGGGGAUGUGGAGAGGUCUAGAUUGAGGUUUAGAUGUUUGCCGGCAGCCUCCAAAGUCCGUUGCGCAAAAGGGGCGGCUCAGGUAGGUUUGGAGGUUUCGGCCAAGUCUUGGCCUGCUGGCCACAGUAUACUCCCGACUCGGAGAAGCGAAGCACCGGCAGAUUCUUCAUCAUGGGGUACGGGGAUAGAUCUCUGGUCUGUUGCCAGCCUCCUGCAGAGGAAUUUGAGACGUGCACAUGUUGAGCACUGCGCCUGGCCAAGGAAGGACUUGCGCACUACACACCUGGCCCAAGCUCCGCAUAUUGAAGAUGAAUGA